AUGAGUCGUGUCCAGGUUGUUCGUAUUAAGUUCGACUUAUGGGUCAUACCCCCUGAUGAGACCGACUACAGACGACCGAGGAUUUGUGAAGACACUGGGGCUCGGCCGUUCAUGCCAAAAAACUAUCCGGCUUCAAGUAGAUUGAGUAUUAUCAAAUACGAAGCCUCACGAUCUAGUCUCGAGGAUCGCAUCGAGGAAGUCAUAAGUAAGGAUGCAAGGUUUCAGCUCCCUUUCUAUGCUCAAAACGCAAACACCAUCCAAACACGUAAGAGGAGUCCAGGCCAGUAUUGUUCCGGAGGAAUCAAAGCGGGACUGGAUGAAAAAGGUACGGAGACGGUAUGGGCCACGCACGUUGGAGUUAGGGUAUGUUUACGUAUAUAUUUUGUGAACAUGGUUCAAAUCUCAGCAGAUAUCUUUAAGUCCGACUUCGUGCGAGCUCAGUCUCACCCUUCAAUAAAACAAGACGUGCUUAAACACUUAAACAACGGAAAUCAAACAACUUGUCUUGACUUGUGUCAAGCUGAACACGAAGCUGAAUGUGAAUGUGAUUCAGGUGAUCAUGAGGGUGGCUAUUGUGCGGCUGUGGAACUCUGUAUAGAUAGAAAUAAAUUUGCUUGA